GUGGGGACCGUGUAGAGGUGCAUUAUUCACAAUGGUAAGAGGGGCCAACUGUAGCUGGAUUGGGUCUGAGAUCCCUCUGUCCUCACAGUUCUUCAGCGCUAUGUCCAUGUGGAACAACGCGAGGGAAAUGAGACAGUGACCGCCUCCAUAUCUCUGGGCAGCCAUUAAGGAUGAGCUGUGGCUCUUCCUCAUCCCGGCCGGCCUGGCGCUUAUCCUGCUGGGUCUGUUCCUGGAGGAGGUGGGCUUCUUCCUGCGCCACAUUCCCUCAUCCAGACGACAGCGGCUCUACCUGUGGAUAUUAGGAAUGUACCCGGUAACACCAACCUCCUCACAUGAACAAUAGUGAUGAUCCACUUCAAAGUGUCCUGAGUGUUGGUGGGGGGUGCCUGUCUCAGUCUGUGUUUGUGUCUCAGGUGUUUGCCCUGACCUCGCUCAUCGCGCUGUACGUGCCUCGCUCCUCCUCGCUCUGUAACUUCAUCGCCUCACUGUAUCACUCCACCACCUUGCUGAAAUUCAUGGGACUGAUCACAGACUUCUUCGGGGGGAAAGCUCAGAUGUUGGCGGCUCUGUCUGGACACCAGGUAUCUCCAGAUCCCUUCCCCUGCUGCUGCUGCUGCUGCCUGCCCAUGGUGGCCAUCAACAGCAGCAGCCGGGCCUGGAUGAUGGCGGCGGUCCUGCAGCUCUCAGUGGUCCGCAGCAUCUUGUUCUUCGUCACUCUGGUGCUGUGGACAGACGAACAGUAUGACUAUGGUGAUGUGGACUCAGUCAAUCCCAACCUGUACGUCAACGGUAUCAUAUGUGUCUCCACCUUCGUGUCCUUCUACGGCCACCUGCUCUUUUACAAAGCCACCAACAGUGCUCUGCAUGGCUACGGACUGAGAGCCAAGUUCAUCUGCGUCAUCGUGGUGUUGGUGCUGUGCGGCCUGCAGAGUGGCAUCCUGGAGACAAUGGGUGCUCUGGAGGUCAUCCCCUGCACCCCCCCCUUCUCUGUCCUGACCCGGUCCCAGUUGAUCUACCACUACUGUGUGAUUGUGGAGAUGUUCUGCAUCGGCCUGUUUGCCCGCCACACAUUCCGUAAGGUGGAGCCGAGCGUUGUGGAGGACAUGGAGGGAGCCAUCAGUGUCAGGCAGUUGGAAAAGGCUGUUCAAACAGACAGCGUUCACAUGACGCUUCACAAGCCCAGCGGCCGCUGCCUGGUCAGCGUCUCAAACCCCAGCUACAGCAGCGACAGCGAAGAAAGCCUGUGCAGGAUUGAGCACGCCCCCCUGGACGGAUUCCCCUUCCCUAAGGCCAGGGGCCAGCAGCCAGGGAGGCCAGAACCAGGGGAGCCCAGGUCAGCAGAGGAACUCGGCACAGAUUGUAACCACGUUAGUGUGAGGGCUGAUAUUAACUACCAGGUCUCUAAGGAUUUUACUGUAGUUUGACCUCAAACAAAAUACAGUUAAAGCUUAACCUCAGGACAUGCUGGUGGUCACCCUAUGAUAAAUGGGACAAUUCACAUAUAGGAUACUGUAAACAGUUGCCACCAGCUUAAGCAGAGCUGGGAAUGUUCAAUGUAAAAGUCAUGAGAAAUGUUGCUGCUUCUAGUUCUUUUUCAUCCCUAGAUGUGUGUUUUGUUAUAUGUUGUCAAUAUGAUAUGCUUUGCAAUGUUGUGUACUGCACAAACUAAUAACUUUUGGAAAAUGAAAGGCGUGAUGAAAACAUAAAAACUUUUUUUUA